AUGAAAGAGGUUAAAGAUAUGAAAAAUUUAUUUACAGUGAAGUCACCCACGAAACCAGGGAUCUACAGAAGUAACUCUUCUUAUGUAAACUUGUCGAUAUCCAACUCGAAGAUUGUCAAUAUUGAUGAAAGUGGAAAGAUAUUAUCGGCAGAAAACUCGAACGAAACAUUCAAUGAAAAAACUUUGGAAAGAGGAUUAAAGCUGAGACACGUUCAAUUAAUCGCUUUAGGGGGAUGUAUAGGUAUGUUUUGA